AUGAGACAACAGGAGCAGGAGCUCAUGGAUCUGAUACAGGUUUUCGAACAACAAGUUCCCUUGCGCGUACAGGAGUUCAAGAAGCAGUGCCGCCAGGACCAGCAUAAGUUCGCCCAGCCUCAUCAGCUCCAGCAAAAGCAGUAUCAGUUGCUACAACAACAGAUCCAACAGGUUCACCUGCAGCAACAACAAGAACUACUGAGAUGGGCACUCUUCUGGGAGUAUCGCAAGCUAGUCAAUAAGGAUGAGACAAUGCGGCUAUCCGUUCCAGGUCUGGAUGAUGGCGAUGAAGAUGACGACUAA